AUGGGGCUCGAGCUCGACAAGUGGAUCGAGACGAUCAAGAAGUGCGAGCACUUGGAGGAGGACCAGCUGAAGGCGCUGUGCGAGUAUGUCAAGGAGAUCCUGGUGGAGGAGAGCAACGUGCAGCCGGUCUACAGCCCGGUCACGGUCUGCGGCGACAUUCACGGGCAGUUCCACGACCUGCUGAAGCUGUUCGAGACGGGCGGCGACGUGCCGACGACCUCGUACAUCUUCAUGGGCGACUUCGUUGAUCGCGGUUACAACUCGCUCGAGGUGUUCACGCUCCUCAUGCUGCUCAAGGCCCGCUGGCCAGCACACGUCACGCUCUUGCGGGGGAACCACGAGUCGCGGCAGAUCACGCAGGUUUACGGCUUCUACGACGAAUGCCAGCGCAAAUACGGCAACGCCAACGUCUGGAGGUACUGCGUGGAGGUGUUCGAUUACCUCACCGUGGCGGCAACGAUCGACGGACAGGUGUUCUGCGUGCACGGCGGGCUGUCGCCGGACAUCCGCACGGUCGACCAGAUUCGUACCAUCGACCGCCUUCGCGAGGUCCCCCACGAGGGGCCCUUCUGCGACCUCGUGUGGUCGGACCCGGAGGACAUGGAGAACUGGGCGAUCUCGCCGCGCGGGGCUGGGUGGCUGUUUGGCAGCCAGGUGACCAAGGAGUUUUGCGAGAUCAACGGGCUGAAGCUCAUAUGCAGGGCGCACCAGCUCGUGCAGGAGGGCUACAAGUUCAUGUUCGACGACCAGCUGGUCACGGUGUGGAGCGCGCCGAACUACUGCUACCGCUGCGGCAACGUGGCCAGCAUCCUGGCCUUCGACGAGCAGCUCGAGCACAAGGCGCACCUGUUCCACGAAACAGAGGAGAACAGCCUCAUGCAGGUGCCGCCACGGGCGGGCGUCCCCUACUUCCUGUAA